AUGGAGAUUAGGGAUGACUACAAAUUCCUGAGAAUCGAAGACGCUUUCAAGGCAUUGCACCUCCAUGUUAACCUCAUUGGAGUCAUCGUCGAGUUAGAUUGUUCAUGUACUUUGAAAAUCGUCGAUCCAUGGCAUUCAGGAUCUGGCCUUCCCGUUAAGUUCAUCGCUCGUACCAUUCGGGGGCUUCCUCGGGUUGAAUCGAUUGGGGAUAUAGUUUUGCUUUCACGUGUAAAGAUUGUGCUAGUUAACCGGAAAAUCACCGCUCUCUGCAAUGAAUCAUCUUCAUCGUUUGCUCUAGUCAACGGAAAACAUGACGAGGAUUUUAUACCAUACCAGUCGUCACCUAAGUUUCAGAUGAGAGAGCAGGAUAAGAACUUCUUAUCAAAUCUGAGAGAAUGGAUGAUAACUUACGAUUUCGAAGAUGGGUCAUGCUGUUUCACAUCCCUGAAAGAUAUCACAGAAGGGGAAUAUUGGAACCUAUCUUGCCAGAUUGCUCACAUUUGCAAGGACGAGAAAGAUAGGUGGUACAUCUUUGUUUGGGAUGGAACUGAGAUGCCACCGUGCAAUAUCGUGGUAAAGUCCGAAAGGCUUCCUCUAUGUGUCGAACCAGAGAUGCUGCCUACACAUGUGUUACGCAAGUUUCCUACUUUUGGUUCCGUUUUGAGGAUCAUAGUAGAGAAAGUUGGUGAGAAGCAGGCCAUUCACUGUCUUCAACCUGGUCAACACGUGAAGUUUCUGAACCUUUUCUUCCAAGUAAAUAAGGGAUUAUGGAACGCCACUUUUACUCCCUCUACAAAGAUGCAGUACACAAUGAGCAGAGAGAUGCUAGCCUCUAGACCUCAAAGAACGAGCAGAGAGAAGUUCUCAUCGAGAUGGAGCCCCAUCGCACGCUGCAUUAGUCCUGCACAUUCAGGAAUCACAGGGGUUGCCCAUGAGGACGCUCCAUUUGUUACUCUGAUGGACAUCCUGACCUGUCGCAAUGUGACUGCUAAAUUCAGGUGUGUUGUUCGGUUCGUACAAGUGUUUCCCCGAGAUGUCGGAAAAUUCCACGAUAUCAACGGAAAUUUCAAAUUGCUGGCGAUACUAGAAGAUGCAACCGCUAGAAUCCGCGCUUCUCUAUAUGCUGAUGAAGGGGACAAGUUUUUUGGGUGUGACCCAUCUGAUGAAGAGGCUCUGGUCAAGAAGCUGAACAUACUGUUGGGAGGUGACGAGAUGGAGGAAUUGCCAAGAGAUCCUCCGUUGGUGCAAUGUUGCUUGUUCUCAUUCUACACAAACAAAAUGGAUCAAUGGGGAAGCAGAAGAUUCCGGAUUUUUGAUACAUGGAUCAAUGCUUCACUAACUCAGAGACAUUCUUAA